AUGACCCCCAACGAACUCCGCGACUGGCUCAAGGGCACGCAAUCGCAGUCCUCCGGCUGGACGAACGAGUCCUCCUCCGGCCGCAAAAUCGUCUCUAUCCUCGAACAUAACCCGUCCAAAGACCCAUCGGGGUACUCGGACGAAGACGUCGUUCAUAUGCGCAAGGUAGUGUCGUACUGUAAACGGCAUUUGGCGCAGGAGGAAACGGCGAAGCAGAAUACGGAUAGUAAGAGUUAUAAGUCGUUGAAGAAUUGGGGACAUGAUCCGUUGAAGGGAUAA